AUGUGUGGUGUGUUAGGUAUAGCUUUGGCAGAUCAAACUAACGCGGUAGCCCCCGAACUUUUCGAUGGGUGCUUGUUCUUGCAGCACAGGGGUCAAGAUGCUGCUGGGAUUGCUACCUGUGGUGACAGAGGCCGUCUCUACCAGUGUAAAGGUAACGGUAUGGCCAGAGAUGUGUUCACGGAACAGAGAAUGGCAGGCUUGGUGGGGUCUAUGGGUAUCGCACAUUUGAGAUACCCUACCGCUGGAUCCAGUGCCAAUUCAGAGGCUCAACCUUUCUACGUCAAUAGUCCCUACGGUGUGCUUCUCGGUCACAAUGGUAAUUUGGUCAAUACGCUUUCUCUAAGACGUUACAUGGACGAAGACGUGCAUAGACAUAUUAACACCGACAGUGACUCCGAGUUGCUGCUAAACUUGUUUGCAGCUGAACUUCAGAAACACAACAAGUACCGUGUCAACAACGACGACAUUUUCCACGCGUUGGAGGGCGUCUACAGACAGUGUCGCGGUGGUUACGCGUGUGUCGGAAUGCUGGCUGGUUACGGGAUGAUCGGCUUCAGAGACCCCAACGGGAUUAGACCGCUCCUUUUUGGAGAGAGAACCAAAGCGGACGGUACCAAGGACUACAUGUUGGCAUCUGAAAGUGUCGUUUUGAAAGCUCACAACUUCACAAACUUCCGCGACGUGGCGCCCGGUGAGGCUGUUAUUGUUCCCAAAGAUUGUGGACGCAAUUCACCCGAGUUCAAGCAAGUGGUGCCCGUGAACUCGAUCCGCCCAGAUCUCUUCGAGUAUGUCUACUUUGCUAGACCUGACAGCGUGUUGGACGGUAUCUCGGUUUACCACACAAGACUUCAAAUGGGUAUCAAGCUAGCAGACAGCAUCCUGAAGGACCUGAAUCGCGAGGACAUUGACGUCGUGGUUUCUGUCCCAGAUACCGCACGUACCUGUGCCCUAGAGUGUGCUAACCGUCUCCAGGUGCCUUACCGCGAAGGUUUCGUCAAAAACAGAUAUGUUGGCAGAACUUUCAUCAUGCCCAACCAGAAAGAGCGUGUUUCCUCAGUGAGGCGGAAACUCAAUGCCAUGGACUCCGAGUUCAAGGACAAAAGGGUUUUAGUGGUUGAUGACUCUAUAGUUAGAGGUACUACUUCUAAGGAGAUCAUCAAUAUGGCUAAAGAAGCGGGUGCUGCAAAGGUAUAUUUUGCGUCUGCGGCCCCAGCAAUCCGUUACAACCAUAUCUACGGUAUUGAUUUGGCAGACACUAAACAGCUGGUUGCAUACGAAAAGACCACGGAGGAAGUCAGCGCCGAAUUGGGUUGUGACAAAGUGUUCUACCAAUCUCUUGAAGAUCUCAUUGACUGUUGCAAAACCAAAAGCAUUUCUAAAUUCGAAGUUGGUGUUUUUACCGGAAACUACGUCACCGGUGUGGAAGACGGCUACUUACAAGAGUUGGAAAGGAUGCGUGCGUUGAACGCUGGCUGCAAAAGCGACGCCAAAGCUGAAUUUGAUAUUGGGCUUUACAAUUCCGCUGACUUUUAA